AUGCCAGUUGACGUGUUAGUAGAGAUAAAGACGGAAUACGGAAGAGAGAUCGUACACGCGUACUCUGAGCGACGAUCGGAUGCGAUCGAAGGGGCGCUGGAAUUAUUGCGGGAAGCAGCCGCAGGUGAAGUGCCUCGAGUUUCUGCCGCGACGAGUUCGCGGAACGCAGUCAAGCUGGCUGCCUCUGCCGGUAACCCCGUCGUUGCUGCUGCGCCUGCCGCCGCAACUGCGCAUCCUCCCGUGCUCUGGAGCUCGCGCAGGAAACCCGGGCUGUACUUACAGCAUCGGAGUAUCGCAGAGCCGAGGAUGACGGCAGAAACUGCAGCGCCGUGUGUUCAGGGGGUCCAGAGUAUUCAAACUGGUGUGAUGGUGGGGCAGAAUGAUCCAUUGAGUCAGCCGCAUCAGCAACAGAUCACAAAGAAUCAAAAUGCCAGUAAUUGUAGCAAUUCAUCGUCGAAUAGAUCCUCAGGAUCAUCGUCGUCGGGGGUCUCCAGUUCUUCGUCAAAUUCUGGGGUUUACGAUGCUGAGUAUGCGAGAAUGGAGGCCUGGCUGGAUGAACAUCCGGAUUUUGUGAAUGAUUACUUUUUGAGAAAAGUAACAAGACAAACCGUAGAUGAGUGGCUAGUUACACAUGCAACGCCGACCUCAUCGGCUAAUUCCAUGCUGGACAUGUCGAAUCAGAGUAACUCUGGGUCCAUGAAUUCACCGGGUGGGAGGGGCAGUGGGGGCAGUGGAAAUGGUGGUGGAUCGGGGGCGACAACACCAGUGAGAAAAAUUUCAGCUCAUGAAUUCGAGCGAGGUGGAUUACUUAAGCCAAUUGUUAAUACUAUUGAUGGCACACCAACAUUUUUGAGUAUUUCCCCGGAGGAUUCUGGUCAGACUGGGGGUGGACAACAGGUUGGCACCGGGGGGGCCAAUAGGCCGCAAAGGAGGUCAAGACAUGAGCUGAGGCAGUUGGACGAGAAGGAUCUCAUCUUUGAAUUGGUCAAAGACAUUUGUAACGAGUUAGACGUACGAUCCCUCUGCCACAAAAUCCUCCAGAAUGUGAGCACCCUCCUCCACGCCGACCGCGGCUCAUUAUUCCUCGUCCAGGGUGAACGUGCGUGCGCUGGCAAUACCAGCCGUCAACAACCAAACUCCAAUAAAUGUGAUACCAGUAAAACGUCUACAAUGCAAAGUGAAAACCAAAAUAGUCAUACGACAGCGAGUUGUACAAGAACCAGGUGUCUCGUUUCUAAGCUAUUCGAUGUUUGUUCGAGGUCCACACUGGUGGAGAUGGAGAAGAAGGAUGAAAUUAAAAUACCAUGGGGAACGGGGAUUGUGGGAUAUGUGGCUGAGAGUGGGGAACCAGUGAAUAUACCUGAUGCAUAUAAGGACGGAAGAUUUAAUCGCGAGAUAGAUGCACUAACUGGGUACAGAACACGAGCGCUUCUCUGUAUGCCUAUUAAGGACUGCAGUGGUGACGUGAUUGGUGUUGCCCAAGUUAUCAAUAAACUUGGUGGUGAAGCGCAAUUUACAACACAAGAUGAAAAAAUAUUUGCAAGUUACCUUCAAUUCUGUGGUAUUGGACUUAGAAAUGCUCAGCUGUACGAGAAAAGCCAGCUGGAGGUCAAGAGAAACCAGGUUCUCUUGGAUUUGGCCAGGAUGAUCUUUGAGGAGCAGAGUACGAUAGAACACAUGGUAUACAGAAUUUUGACGCAUACGCAGUCGCUUAUUCAGUGUCAACGUGUUCAGGUACUUCUCGUGCACAAAGCGUCAAAGGGAAGUUUUUCCAGGGUUUUUGACUUUGAAGCUAAUGAUCUCACUGUGGAAGAUACUGAUUCAAGAACUAGCCCAUUCGAGAGCAGAUUUCCAAUGAACGUGGGCAUCACUGGUUAUGUUGCGACAACAGGCGAGACAGUAUCAAUUCCAAAUGCAUACGAGGACCCGCGGUUCGACCCAUCGGUGGACGAGGGCACUGGGUUUCGGCAUAGAACUAUUUUAUGUAUGCCAAUUAAAAAUUCGUCGGGACAGAUCAUUGGAGUCAUCCAAUUGGUUAAUAAAUUUGAUGAUUUGGUAUUUACGAAGAAUGAUGAGAACUUUGUCGAGGCGUUUGCUAUUUUUUGUGGAAUGGGAAUUCAUAAUACACACAUGUAUGAAAGGGCGAUUAUAGCAAUGGCCAAGCAAAGUGUCACUCUAGACGUAUUGAGUUACCACGCCUCAGCCUCUCUAGAAGAUGCACAAAAACUAAGGGCGUUCAGGGUCCCCUCGUCGGCUUUUCUCGAUCUUCAUGAUUUCAAAUUCGAUGACAUCCAGAUGAAGGAUAAUGAAACCCUCAGCGCUUGUUUAAGGAUGUUCUUGGACCUUGAUUUCAUCGAAAGAUUUCACAUCGACUACGACGUACUCUGCCGAUGGCUACUGAGUGUCAAAAAAAAUUAUCGUAACGUUAUUUAUCAUAAUUGGAGACAUGCUUUUAAUGUUGCCCAGAUGAUGUUCGCAAUUUUAACGGCAACACAGUGGUGGAAGAUUUUUGGGGAGAUCGAGUGCUUAGCUCUAAUGAUCGCCUGCCUUUGUCACGACCUCGACCAUAGGGGGACAAACAAUUCUUUCCAAAUAAAAGCUUCUUCACCCCUCGCCCAACUCUAUUCUACCUCAACAAUGGAGCACCAUCACUUCGAUCAAUGCCUCAUGAUCCUCAGUAGUGAGGGGAAUCAAAUCCUCUCGAAUCUAUCACCAGAGGAGUACUCCCGUGUUGUUAAAGUCCUCGAGGAGGCUAUUCUAGCAACAGACUUGGCUGUUUACUUCAGUAAACGUGGGGCAUUCCUCAGUAUUGCACGUUCACGUACAUAUAAUUGGGGGUACGGUGAGCAUCGGGAAUUGCUGCGUGGUAUGCUGAUGACAGUUUGUGAUUUAGCGGCCAUUACAAAACCAUGGGAAAUUGAGAAACGCGUGGCAGAACUAGUCAGCAGUGAAUUUUUCGAGCAGGGAGACAUUGAGAGACGUACCCUCAAUAUAACGCCUAUAGACAUCAUGAAUCGAGAAAAGGAGGAUCAAUUGCCUAUGAUGCAAGUCGGUUUCAUCGAUUCCAUAUGUCUUCCCAUUUACGAGGCUUUUGCAUUAUUGUCGGACAAGCUGGAGCCACUAGUCGCGGGUGUGAUAGAGAAUAAACAGAAAUGGUUGGAGAUUGCUGAGAGCAAGUGUGCAACUGGAAAUUGCACGAAUCACGACAGGACACCUUCGCCAACAGAGGAAACCAACCAGGAUGAGAUCAACCGGGAAAGCGUCACUGUCGAGUGAUUCAAUCAUUUGCCGUAUUGGUUUUUUUUCCACGCACAUGAAAAAAAUUAAUUGGAAUGAUUUUAAUCUCAAUUACAAUUUCACUUAAACCAGAUGGGCAGAAAAUCAUCUUUAAAUGGACAUACAAUCGCUAUCCAUUUCGUUGAAAAAGGAACAUUUUAAUGAAAAACAACCAUGAAUAAUAGAGAAACGCUACCGCAGUACCUGAUCGCAUUUGAAACAGUUUGGUGACGCUCAGAAUGCACAUCGGAAGCAGAACAAGAAAAUAGAUAAAAUGGCUGAACCACAAAAGCCCCGUAGCAUGUGCUAGGACGAUUACGCACAUCCGUUUUCCUUGUACACAUUACAAUCAGACAUUUGUAAAAAGAAGAAAAGAAAACGCAUAUUUAUUGACAUUAUUGAGAACAUAACGAAGCCAACAGUAACUAACUGCGCGCCCAUACGUGCCAAAGACGAGUUUACUCAGUGGUGUUUUAUUUCCUACUUUUUAUCCCUCAAUGGUUUUUCGAUACGUUUCAUCGUUUUUUUUAUACCAAAGUAUCAACUUUUUUUUCCUUCUCAGCUGAAUGAAAUCGAAGCCACUUUGCUUUUAAUUGUUUCAUUGAUUUGCGAGAACACAUCUAGUGACACUUGUGAUUACGCUAUAUUUUCGAUUAAACAAUUGAGUUUCAUUAUGUGGAAACAUUUAAUGAAUUCAAUGGAAAUUCAAAAAUAGCAAGUAAUGAACAAUUAUAAGAGAAAUAUUGAAUGAAUUUAUCAAACCAGUCGUUGAUGGGUAGAGGCUUUAAUGUCUCAAUUAACGAGGCUGUCACAAGCACAUGAAACCCAAACGACAAUGACCACGUUUAUCGAAUAAAGACUGAUUGGCGAUGAGGCACGCGGUGUGACAGCCCAACCGUGUUAAUAUCGAUUUGGUUUCCAACCGUUGAACCAUAUCUCUUCCCUCAUCCUCUUACCAUAUUCACACGUAUAUGUAGUAAUAUCUCGCAAAUAUUCCGUCAAUCAAAUUGACGAGGCGAAUCUCUGGGACCCAAUUUUUUAGACUAAAUUAAUUUUUGUCCGGAAAUUUUGACAUUUUAAAACAUGAAAUUCGACUGUAUCCAACUAUUCUUUCAAUUCUAAAGCAAAAGGAGUGUUUUGAGAAUGUGAAAAAAAAUGCUAAAUAUCAUUUAUCCCUCGUACUGGCAAUCGAAGGAGUAUUAAACGAAGCUUCGAGUUGACAAUUCUACCUUUAGAAUUUAAGUCAUGGAAAGAGCACAUAAUGCAAUAGGUGGAGUUAAGUUAUUUAUACUGAUUUAAUUUUAGGAUUUAAACUUAUUCAAUGACGUUUAAGCACAAGAGAAAUAUGUAUAUUGUAUAUGAAACGAUAUCUAAUAUAUUUGAGAAAUGAGAAAUCAACAA